AUGGCAAUGCUAGCCUCCAAGGCGUUUCCGACCGGACUCGGUUCUCAGAGCUCGGGCGUAAUAAUGCCUACGCAGUCGGCCGCAUACCCUCCCAGCAGGCGGGUUCACACGAUUCCCACGACGAGUCAAAAUUAUUCCAGCCCGACCGAAUCCGAAUUUGAAGACGUCGACGGGCCUGACUCUGUAAAGAAUUGGGACGAGGACAGAGUAUGCGAGUAUCUCAGAAGCGUCAAAUGCGGCGAGUAUGAAAAGCUGUUCCGCAAGAACCAUAUCAAUGGCGAAAACCUUUUGGAAAUGGACAAGGAGGUCCUGAAGGAGAUGGGCAUCGAGAAGGUUGGAGACCGUGUGCGCUUAUUCUUGAGCAUCAAGAAGCUACGGACAAAGACGUUUGCCAGCCAGCGACGGCGCCAGAGGGAUUCUUUUGCCGCGCUUGAGACGCAGUAUAUCCCAUCGUCAUCGCCGAGACCGACUGGCGGCCGCGCCCCGGCCAUGACGCAGUCGAAUAAGAGGUAUUCGCGCCAGUAUGAUUACCAGACUGCUGCCGCACUCGCAGACAGUUCGAAAUCGUCAUCAAGGCCUACCUCCCCACUCCCGAGCUCGGAUUAUAGGACUGCCACCCGGCAAAGAUAUGUACAGCCCCAGGUAUAUAGCGGCCAGCCAACACCUCCGUCCGCAAGGUUUCCCAUGUCACCACCCGAGCAGCCGCACCCCGCCCGACUGGCAGUGUCGCACACCAGGAACCAGUCAAGUAUGGAUGGUUCGUUAAUGGCUGCUCUGCCGCCCGGGCAAGACGUCAUCCGUGUUAUAUCUACUGGUGGGGUCACCAAAGUCGUCAAGAUUGCCGAUUGCAACACUUGCGAAGAAGUUAUGCGCGUCACACUACGGAAGUUUGCCUUGCGGGAAGAUCACGAGAGGAACUACUGCUUUUGGGUUCUCACUGGUGUUGAUCCGGACCCGAACCAGUGCCGCCGCCUCGGCGACACAGAGCUCUGGAGAGUUAUCAAAGACCACACGCGGCCAGAGCGAAACCGUCUGAUCCUGAGACGUGUGCCUGCAGGAGAGCCGGGCCAAGCAGAGCUCGAGCGAGCUGCCGCCAUUGCUAUGGAAGAAGCUCAACAGAACCACAACCGCGCCCUAGAAAACAUGGACAAGCGAAGUCAGCUGAAGGCCCAAAAGAUACUCGGCGAAUCCUGGGAGACGAUGCAGCCGCCUCUUUCACCUGUCUCAUACCAAGACCGGGAAAGAAACGUGUACAACACAGCCAGGGACCUGGAGCGACCAGCGCCGGUCGAGACAGCCCGUGCAGCACCCCGUCGCAAAGGCUUACUGCGCCAGUUUGGCGGCCUGAGACCGCCUAGCGAGCUGAUCGCCUCCGACCUUACCAGCUACUUCUCAGACCAUUCUCGGGAGGCCAUCGACAGGAUAGCACGCAUGUCCAUGAGGCGGUCGCAGCGCCUCAGCAGGGUGAACCACCGCUUGAGCGUAGCAAGCACGCUGAGCUUCGCCUCCAGCGUCCAAGAUGCACCGCCAAUCCCUACCAUCGCCGACAGCUGGCUGACCGCUUCCAAUCAAAUUGCCAAGGUCCGCCCUCGCGAGCUACAAGGGCGGGUCCCCCACGGGUACCGAGAUUCGGUUGCUUCUUCGGUGCUCGACACGCUACAGGAGGAGUCGUCCCCAAUCGAGCCGAACCGGAAGUCCUAUGUCUCUUUUGCCGAUAGUGGGUCAGAAUCAGCUGCAAUAAGCAUUACCGAUCCUCACGGCAAUGUCGUUCGGCACAGUUACUUUGACGGGGACAGCACGACAGGGUCAGGCGGCUCGCUGCAGGAUGUCAAUCAAGCGCUGACCGAGGAUGGGGAGGACGCCGACGAAGAAUUGCAGAGCUUCCUCGCAGGCGAAUCGUGGGACGACAGCAAGUGGAUGAAGGGCGAUCUCAUUGGGCAGGGCUCUUUCGGUUGCGUUUAUCUCGCGCUUCACGCCGUCACGGGCGAGCUGCUCGCCGUCAAGCAAGUCGAGACCCCCUCACCCGGCGCAAACAGCCAGAGCGAUGCGCGCAAGAAGAGCAUGAUCGAGGCCUUGAAGCGGGAGAUCAGUUUGUUGCGUGACCUACGCCACCCCAACAUCGUACAGUAUCUGGGCUGCGGCUCCUCGGCCGAGUACCUCAACAUUUUCCUCGAGUACGUCCCCGGCGGCUCGGUCCAGACGAUGCUCAACUCGUACGGCGCGCUACCCGAACCGCUCGUGCGCAGCUUCGUCCGGCAGAUUCUCAACGGCCUCUCGUAUCUCCACAACCGCGACAUCAUACACCGCGACAUCAAGGGCGCCAACAUCCUGGUGGACAACAAGGGCACCAUCAAGAUCUCGGACUUUGGCAUCUCCAAGAAGCUCGAGGCGACCAACAUACUCAACGGGGCCAACAACAACAAGCACCGGCCAUCGCUGCAGGGAUCCGUGUUUUGGAUGGCGCCCGAGGUGGUCAAGCAGACGUCGUACACGCGCAAGGCCGACAUUUGGUCGCUGGGGUGCCUGGUGGUGGAGAUGAUGACGGGCACGCACCCGUUCCCGGACUGCACCCAGCUGCAGGCCAUCUUCAAGAUUGGCGGCGCUAAAGCGACCCCGACCAUCCCCGACCACGCGAGCGAGGAGGCCAAGCAGUUCCUUGCCCAGACAUUUGAGAUUGACCACAAUAAGCGGCCGAGCGCGGACGAGCUAAUGUUGAGCCCGUUUUUGACGCCGCCGGCUUGA